UCGGUUAUAGUCUGCCGGUUAACCUCAAAGAAGAAGUAGAAGCGACAAGACGAAGACAAGCGGAAAGAUGGCGUCGUUGAAUGACAGAUCAGUUUGGGAUGAGGUGGAGGAUGGGAUCGGCGAAGAAGUCCUCAAAAUGUCCACCGAAGAGAUCGUUCAGCGGACACGUCUUCUGGACAGUGAAAUAAAGAUCAUGAAGAGUGAGGUAUUGAGGGUAACCCAUGAGCUGCAGGCCAUGAAGGACAAAAUCAAAGAAAACACAGAGAAGAUCAAAGUGAACAAGACCCUGCCGUACCUGGUCUCCAAUGUCAUCGAGCUUCUGGAUGUGGACCCAAAUGACCAGGAGGAGGAUGGAGCAAACAUUGAUUUAGAUUCCCAGAGGAAGGGCAAAUGUGCUGUCAUUAAAACAUCUACAAGACAGACAUACUUCCUCCCGGUCAUUGGCUUGGUGGAUGCAGAGAAACUGAAGCCGGGAGACCUCGUGGGGGUAAACAAGGACUCAUACUUGAUCCUGGAAACCCUGCCCACGGAGUAUGACUCCAGAGUCAAAGCCAUGGAGGUGGACGAGCGCCCCACUGAACAGUACAGUGACAUUGGUGGAUUAGACAAACAGAUCCAGGAGCUGGUGGAAGCAAUCGUUCUGCCCAUGAACCACAAGGAGAAGUUUGAGAACCUGGGUAUUCAGCCACCUAAGGGGGUUUUGAUGUAUGGCCCCCCAGGCACAGGGAAAACCCUACUGGCUAGGGCCUGUGCUGCCCAGACCAAGGCCACAUUUCUCAAGCUGGCUGGCCCACAGCUGGUCCAGAUGUUCAUUGGUGAUGGUGCCAAGCUGGUUCGAGACGCCUUUGCCCUGGCCAAGGAGAAGGCCCCCUCUAUCAUCUUCAUAGAUGAGCUGGACGCCAUUGGAACCAAACGGUUUGACAGUGAGAAAGCAGGUGACAGGGAGGUUCAGAGAACUAUGCUUGAGCUCCUCAACCAGCUGGAUGGGUUCCAGCCCAACAUGCAAGUUAAGGUUAUCGCUGCCACUAACAGGGUGGAUAUCCUAGAUCCCGCACUGCUGCGUUCUGGACGUCUGGACCGUAAGAUUGAGUUCCCAAUGCCCAAUGAGGAAGCACGAGCCCGCAUCAUGCAGAUUCACUCACGCAAGAUGAACGUCAGCCCCGAUGUCAACUACGAGGAGCUGGCCAGGUGCACUGAUGAUUUCAAUGGUGCCCAGUGCAAAGCAGUGUGUGUGGAGGCGGGUAUGAUCGCCCUUCGCAGGGGGGCAACUGAGCUCAAUCAUGAGGACUACAUGGAAGGCAUCUUAGAAGUACAGGCCAAGAAGAAGGCCAACCUGCAGUACUACGCCUAAGGCCCUGGAGCUUCAGGGGAAGGGUGUGUGUGCGCGCGAUACUCUCCAGUUAUCUCAAACAUGAACCAAUCUCUGUACUGUUAGUGUGCAACAUUGUCACUUCUCUCUUUUUGGUGCGAGACAUGUUUUGGCUCCAUGAAAGAAUAAAGGCUUUACAUUUGCCCUU